GACACCCUGUAUCUGCCCGGACACCUCUGCCGGGGACACCGCACGGAAAGGGAAGUGCUCGCCGCGGCUUGAGGCUGUUGGCGGGAGCAGGUGCUGCUGGUGGAAGCGACAGAUCCUAGAGCGAGCUGCAGCAUCUUUGGUGGAAGGGACAGAGGUGAAAGAUGCAAGCCUUUCUAAAAGGAGCUGGUGCUAUCGGCACGAAAGCAACAAGAGAAAAAACCGCACCAGGAACUAGUGGCGAGAACAAGAAGCAAAAACCUAUUCCCUGGGUGGAAAAAUAUCGACCAAAGUGUGUGGCUGAAAUUGCGUUUCAGGAAGAAGUUGUGGCUGUACUAAAGAAGACCAUUGAAGGAGCUGACCUUCCCAACCUGCUUUUUUACGGACCCCCUGGGACAGGGAAAACCUCUACAAUAUUGGCUGCAGCAAGAGAACUCUUUGGACCUGAGCUGUACCGCAAGAGAGUUCUCGAGCUUAAUGCUUCUGAUGAACGUGGUAUUCAAGUUGUGCGGGAAAAGGUGAAAACCUUUGCAAAGUUGGCAGUAGCAGGAUCUCGUUUAGAUGGGAAACCUGCUCCUCCAUUUAAGAUCAUCAUCCUGGAUGAAGCAGACUCCAUGACAAAUGCUGCACAGGCUGCCCUUCGCCGCACAAUGGAGAGGGAGUCAAAAACCACACGCUUUUGUCUCAUCUGCAAUUAUAUCAGCAGGAUAAUUGAGCCAUUGACGUCUCGCUGCUCCAAAUUCCGGUUUAAACCUUUGACAGACCGCAUACAGGAAGAAAGGUUGCGGGACAUCUGUGCCAAAGAGAAUGUGCAAUGUAAUAAUGAAACAAUCAAUAUGCUCAUCGAUGUAUCAGAAGGAGACUUAAGAAAAGCGAUAACUUACCUGCAAUGUGCAGCAAGACUUACUGGAGGAAAAGACAUAACAGAGCAAGUCAUCGUUGAAAUUUCUGGAGCUGUACCAUCUGAUUUGAUUGAUGGUCUUUUGGCUGCUUGUCACAGUAGUUCAUUUGAGAAGCUGGAAAUCGUGGUAAAGAAUAUGAUUAAUGAGGUUAUAUGCUUUCAACGUCAGUGGUUCCAUACCCUACAAGUCCUUACCCAACCAUAUUGUGGGACUUCAUCAUGAGGACUGCAAGUAGUUCACCACAGCUAAAUGGGUAAGAAAGAUUUAGAGGGAUACAAGCCAAUGCAAGCAAACUUAGUCCUUCUCAAGGCCAUCUUGAGUGGAUGAUGCUUACUUCUUGGAAAUAAAUGACUAUGGUCUGUAGACCAGGUAUAUUUGUGUUAUGUGUGCUUAAUGUUAAUUGGUCAGCUUUUUUUGUCCUUUGGAUAAAGCAUUGUCUCUAACACUGACAAAUUACAUAGAAAAUAGGUGCAGGAGUAGGCCAUUCGAGCCUGCACCGCCAUUCAAUAUGAUCAUGGCUGAUCAUCCAACUCAGUAUCCUGUACCUGCCUUCUCUCCAUACCCCCUGAUCUCUUUAGCCACAAGGGUCACAUCUAACUCUUAAAUAUAGCCAAUGAACUGGCCUCAACUACCUUCUGUGGCAGAGAUUAACUAAUGUUUGCAAGGAGUUUGCACUUUUUAUCUGUAAAAAGAGCUGUUUUUUGUAUUAAUUGUGCAAGUGUAGAAAAAUGAUACACUGUUCAGUUGUAUUCAUGUACUUUUGAUUGUUGUUGCUUAUUGAACAAACAAGUUAACACUUUAAAAGAAAAUUGGAGCUGGGUUGCAUUUCUAAUAUUGUAUUACAAAAAAUAUAUUUGUUC